GCGAGCUGAGCUCAACAAAGUCAUUGCUCUUAACAGUGCGCAGAGAGACCAGGAGAGGGGAAAUGCAAUCUUAGAACUUCACUGCCAAAGUCUACGACCACAAAGCAACAGUUGUGGGUAGGGGCAAAAAAAGAGGGAGAGAGAUAAAAAAAAGAAAAGAAAGAGAAAGCUUUUGAACAAAAGCCUGAGUGAAACAUAAGAGAGAACUGGUACCUCCUUUUUUUUCUGACUAGCAUUUCUCUGAACAGGAACUACGUUCCUCUUCUGCUCUCUUCCCCAUUUCCUGCAUUACUUCAGUCUCUGGUAGAUCUAGAAAAGAAAGCUUCUUUCUGUGUGUUCUUCUGGGCUGAAUAUCCUCAGUCUUGAUGAUGCAAGUUAAAUUUCUGAAGUCUUCCAAGAACCGAGUGCCUUACUGAAAGACCUACAUCUAGCUGCUUGCAACUGGCAGGUCAGGAUGAGAUCCCGAAAUCCAGGUGGGGAAAGCUCAUCAAAUGGGCAUUUUUCCAGUUCAAAGCCCACUACCAAUACCACUGAAAAUCCAAACCUGCAGGAAGAUGCAAAGAAAAAGAGCAAAUGUAACCGAAAAAGAGAGGAGAUAACAAUCUCAGAAACAGUCAAACAGCACAGCAGAUUGCCAACACCUGGUGAGAAGAAAAGCAAGAAAUCCAUAGAACUCUCUAAAGAGGACCUCAUCCAGCUCCUUAGUAUAAUGGAAGGAGAAUUGCAGGCUAGAGAAGAUGUUAUCCACAUGAUGAAGACAGAGAAAAUCAAGCCUGAAAUUUUGGAGGCACACUAUGGAUCUGCAGCUCCAGAGAAUGUCCUAAGACUACUACACAGGGAUGCUGCCCUUGCCCAAGAGAAAUCUGUUGCAGAAGAUGUCUAUGAGAAGCCCAUUUCAGAGCUGGACAGACUCGAAGAAAAACAGAAAGAAACAUACCGGCGCAUGCUCGAACAGCUUCUCUUGGCAGAGAAGUGCCAUCGGCGCACAGUUUAUGAGCUGGAAAAUGAGAAGCAUAAACAUACAGAUUACAUGAACAAGAGUGAUGACUUUACCAACCUCUUGGAGCAGGAGCGUGAAAGAUUAAAGAAACUUCUUGAACAGGAAAAGAUCUACCAAGCCCGCAAAGAAAAGGAACAUGCCAAAAGGCUCAACAAGCUAAGAGAAGAGUUAGUCAAACUCAAGUCAUUUGCACUUAUGCUGGUGGAUGAAAGACAGAUUCACAUUGAGCAGCUUGAUCAGCAAACCCAGAAAAUACAAGAUCUGACCCAAAAAUUAAAAGAAGAAGAAGAAAAGCUGAAAACUGUAAGUUCCAAAGCAAAGGAGGAUGGGCAGAAAUUGAUGAAGUUAGAAGCAGAAUUUGAACACAAGACAUCAUCAUUUGCUCAAGAACAUGAGGAGAUGACUGCUAAAUUGCUUAGCCAGGAGUCACAUAAUAGGCAGCUCAGGCUUAAGCUAGCUGGCUUAACCCGAAGAAUUGAAGAACUGGAAGAAACCAACAAAAAUCUCCAGAAGACUGAAGAAGAGCUUCAAGAGUUGAGAGACAAAAUAGCCAAAGGGGAAUGUGGGAACUCCAGUUUGAUGGCUGAAGUAGAAAACCUCCGCAAACGUGUUCUUGAAAUGGAAGGCAAAGAUGAGGAGAUCACAAAAACCGAGUCCCAGUGUAAGGAGCUUCAAAAGAAACUGCAAGAGGAGGAGCACCAUACUAAGGAGCUCAAAUUGGAAGUGGAGAAACUACAGAAGAGAAUGUCUGAACUUGAAAGGCUUGAGGAGGCUUUCAACAGAAGCAAAUCGGAGUGCACACAGCUGCAUUUGAACCUGGAGAAAGAAAAGAACUUCACCAAGGACUUGAUCAAUGAGUUGGAAGUGGUAAAGACACGAGUAAAAGAUCUUGAGUCUUCCGAAAGUAAGUUGGAAAAGGCUGAGCUCCUCUUGAAAGAUGACCUUACCAAGCUGAAGUCAUUUACAGUCAUGUUGGUUGAUGAAAGAAAAAACAUGGUGGAUAAGAUAAAGCAGGAAGAGAGAAAAGUUGAAAGCCUGAAUAAAAAUUUUAAGGUGGAGCAAGGCAAAGUUAUGGAAGUGACUGAAAAGCUCAUAGAUGAAAGUAAAAAGUUUUUGAAGCUGAAAUCUGAAAUGGAGGAAAAGGUGACCUGUUUGACAAAGGAAAGGGAUGAGUUAAUUGGUAAGCUGAAGAGUGAGGAGGAAAAAUCUGCUGAGCUGAGCUGCACAGUGGAUCUGUUAAAGAAAAGAAUUGAUGGUAUAGAGGAGGUUGAAAGAGAAAUAGCCAGAGGUCGAGUCAGAAAAGGACAGGGUCUCUCUGGCCAGGAGGAUAACAAGAUUAAAGAACUCACAGCUGAAAUUGAAAGACUGAGAAAGCGUCUCAAGCAACUGGAAGUGGUUGAAGGUGACCUAAUGAAGACUGAGGAUGAAUAUGACCAGCUGGAGCAAAAAUUUAGGACUGAGCAGGACAAAGCUAAUUUCCUUUCUCAGCAACUGGAAGAAAUGAAGCUGCAGAUUGCAAAAAAUAAAGCCAUCGAGAAGGGUGAGGCAGUGAGUCAGGAAGCAGAGCUGAGGCACAGGUUUCGACUGGAAGAAGCUAAGAGCAGCAACUUGAAAGCUGAAGUGCAGGCACUCAAAGAGAAAAUUCAUGAGCUGAUGAACAAAGAAGACCAACUUUCUCAGCUCCAAGUGGAUUACUCUGUUCUUCAGCAAAGAUAUAUGGAAGAAGAAAAUAAAAACAAAACCAUGGGGCAGGAGGUGCUGAAUUUAACAAAGGAACUUGAGCUGUCCAAGCGCUACAGCCGUGCCUUGAGACCCAGUAUGAAUGGCAGAAGAAUGGUAGAUGUACCUGUUACUUCCACUGGAGUACAAACUGAUGCAGUAAGCAGUGAAAUGGCAGAAGAAGAAACGCCUGCUGUGUUCAUUAGGAAAUCCUUCCAGGAGGAGAACCACAUCAUGAGCAAUCUUCGACAGGUGGGCCUUAAAAAGCCUAUGGAAAGGUCAUCUGUGCUUGACAGAUAUCCUCCUGCAGCAAAUGAGCUUGCAAUGAGGAAAUCCUGGAUUCCAUGGAUGAAAAAAAGAGAGAAUGGUCCGCCAGCAACUCAAGAGAAAGGAGCCCGAAUACAGACCAAUCCAGAACAUCCUGGGGAAGUGGUCCUUUCGCCAAAGCAGGGGCAGCCCCUUCAUAUUCGGGUAACACCAGAUCAUGAGAAUAGUACCGCUACUUUAGAGAUCACUAGUCCAACAGCAGAAGAGUUCUUCUCAAGUACUACUGUCAUCCCCACCUUGGGAAAUCAGAAACCACGGAUUACUAUCAUUCCCUCUCCUAACAUUUCCCAAAAAGGAAAAAGUGGAGACAGCCCUGUGAGCCCAGAACGAGCUAUGUCCCCAGUUACUAUAACUACUUUUUCAAGAGAGAAAUCUUCAGAGAGUACUAGGUCUCCCUUUAUUGAACGGCCCGUGUCCCCAAUUCAGAUAAUGACAGUGUCUACCUCUGCUGCACCUGCGGAAAUUACUGUGACCCCGGAAUCGCAGGACAUGACCAUGGGGAGGGCUGUGUUUAAAGUGACACCAGAGAAACAAAAUGUACCAACUCCAGUCCGGAAGUACAAUGCCAAUGCAAAUAUUAUAACAACAGAGGACAACAAAAUUCACAUCCACUUAGGUUCUCAGUUUAAGCGCUCGCCUGGCACAGCUCAAGAUGGAGCAAGCCCUGUGAUAACUGUCAGACCUAUGAAUGUAGCAGCAGAGAAAGAGGUGAUGACGGGUACUGUCCUUCGUUCUCCCAGGAGUAAUGCAUCCUCAAGGCCUGCAGCAAGCAAAGUUACAAGUACCAUCACUAUAACUCCAGUUACUACAUCAUCCACACGAGGAACACAAUCAGUGACAGGACAGGAUGGGUCAUACCAGAGACCUACACCCACCCGAAUCCCUGUGUCUAAAGGUAUGAAAGCCGGAAAGCCAGUAGUGACAGCCUCGGGAACAGGAAAUCAGACCAAAUUUGAGCCUCGUGCCGAGACUCAGUCUAUGAAAAUAGAACUGAAGAAGUCUUCAGCCAGUAGCUCUCCCUCCCUUGGUGGAGGGAAGGCCUGAGGGCAGUGGCUAAGGGGAGAGUAUCAUCAUUCAUCAGUUACGCAUGAACUCCAGAUGAGUCGCCAUGCAAAAUCCAGAUGUUUGUGUGCACUUCUUGACAUCAUCUGGUUGGGUCACUGCUGAAACUCCAUUACUGUGAUCUUCCAUGCUACUGAUCGCUUAUGGAAGUAUUUUACUGCUUCCAUUGGAAAUCUUGGGGGGGGGGUUGUGCAGAUUUUAAUGUUUUUAUAAAAGAAUAAACCAUAAUGUGUUUGACUUUUUGUAAACUAAAUGGAAAGAAAGAACCAUGGUCUUUUAAUUUUGUAAUGCUCUGAAUCAAUGACACAGGAUUGAUUUUUUUGUUUGUUUUGGUGUUCCUACAUAAUUUAUUUUUAUAAUACACUUUGUAAUUCAGGGGUUGUGUGGAUUUCUUUCUUCCUUUUUUUGCCAAACCUUCUGACUCCUGUGGCACAUUUAUUUGUAGAAUACACUGUCAAAUUUGCAAUGUGCCAGUUUGUAUUUUUUUAUUAUUAUUGGAAAUUAUAGACGUGUCAACUCAAUCUCAAAAAUGGCACCUUUUAAGAAAAUUUACUGCAAAAUGUACUUGCCAUAACAUGACUGUGAUAUUAACUGCCCUCAAGACUGCUCUGUGGGAUAAUAUUAUGGGGUUGUUUAUAUUGGUUUUUUGCACUGUGCUGUGGCUUAACAUAACUGAAUACCAAAAAACCAAAGCUUUUAAAUGCUGUAUGCUGGUUUCUAUUAAACUGUGGUCAUACAAUGUGUGCUUUUUAUAUGUGCCUGAACCAAAAAGAUUCCUUUUUAUCACACUGUACAAAUAAAUUUUCACAAGUGUGCAACAGUA